ACUGAAUUUGAUUUACACAUUUUUUUUUCCUUUUUUAUAGUAAUACUCGAUUUAAUCACUGUCUCUGGAAAGUAAACAAAAACUCAUGUCAUGGUUUCUUAUAACGGCGGCCAUCGCCGCAGUCGUGUCUUACAAACUGAUCCAACGGCUAAGAUUAAAUCUCCCGCCGGGCCCACUCCCUAAACCAAUCAUCGGUAACCUUUGCGACAUUAAACCUGUCCGGUUCAUAUGCUACUAUGAGUGGGCACAAACCUACGGACCAAUCAUAUCGGUCUGGAUAGGCUCGGUUCUAAAUGUUGUGGUAUCUAGCGCCGAGCUAGCAAAAGAAGUGCUCAAAGAUCACGACCAGAAACUUGCCGACAGGCACCGGAACAGAUCAACGGAAGCAUUCAGUCGCAACGGUCAGGAUCUAAUAUGGGCAGAUUAUGGGCCACAUUACGUGAAGGUGAAAAAAGUUUGCAUGCUUGAGCUCUUCACACCUAAACGACUCGAGUCACUCAGACCUGUCCGUGAAGAUGAAGUCAAUUCCAUGGUUGAGUCCGUCUUCAGAGACUGCAACCUUCCUGAAAACAUAGCCAAAGGAAUACAACUGAGGAAGUACUUAGGAGCGGUUGCGUUCAACAACAUAACGCGGUUGGUGUUCGGAAAGCGUUUCGUGAACGCGGAAGGUGUGAUGGACGAGCAAGGGCUCGAGUUCCAUGCCAUAGUGUCCAACGGUCUGAAGCUAGGUGCUUCACUGUCGAUAGCUGAACACAUCUCCUGGCUCCGGUGGAUGUGUCCAGCCGAUGAGAAGGCGUUUGCUGAGCACGGUGCUCGCCGCGACCUCCUCACUCGAGCUAUCAUGGAAGAGCACACUUUGGCCCGUCAAAAGUCUAGUGGACCAAAGCAGCAUUUCGUUGAUGCGUUGCUUACGUUGAAGGAUCAGUAUGAUCUUAGCGAAGACACCAUCAUUGGUCUUCUAUGGGAUAUGAUCACGGCAGGGAUGGACACAGCAGCGAUAACAGCCGAAUGGGCCAUGGCGGAAAUGAUCAAGAAUCCAAGAGUACAACAAAAGGUGCAAGAAGAAUUCGACAGAGUCAUUGGCCUUGACCGGAUCUUAACCGAGCCAGACUUGGCACGCUUACCCUACUUGAAAUGCAUUGUUAAAGAAUCAUUCAGGCUGCACCCUCCAACGCCUCUAAUGGUUCCUCACCGAUCAAGCGCAGACGUCAAGAUAGGAGGCUACAACAUUCCCAAAGGUUCAAACGUUCAUGUGAACGUUUGGGCAGUGGGUAGAGACCCUGCCGUAUGGAGAAACCCAUUAGAUUUUAGACCAGAGAGGUUCUUGGAAGAAGACGUUGACAUGAAGGGUCAUGAUUUUAGGCUGCUUCCGUUUGGAGCAGGAAGACGGGUUUGUCCCGGUGCACAACUUGGUAUCAACUUGGUGACUUCGAUGUUGAGUCAUUUGCUUCACCACUUCGUUUGGACACUGCCCCAAGGUACUAAACCAGAGGAGAUUGAUAUGUCUGGAAACCCUGGAAUCGUUACUUUCAUGCGUACACCUGUUCAAGCCGUUGCCACGCCUCGGUUGCCUUCGGAUUUGUAUAAACGUGUUGCAUGUUGAUAUGUGAAUGUCUCUCUCAUCUACAUUCUGCUGCUGCUAUUGAUGCUGAUGGUCUUGCUGUUUUUUUCAUAUGUAUGUUUCAUUUUCGGGUUAUGGUGGAAAUAAGAAAAGAAACCAGCUUCU